CUUGCUUUAAGCCAGUGUUUACAAAUCGAGGCGCAUAACCUCAAAUAUUUUAAUACUGUUCGAAUAUUUUUUCCAAAAUUCAAAGUGAUUUAAUAUAAUUGAGCAAGUAAUGGAGAGCGUAGUCAGUGUAAAGAAAGAAUCAGACGAUGCUAGGACAGGUGCAUGCAACGAUGUUAAUUUCGAUCCGGUGGGAGCUACUAACUUCGAAACCUUAUCGUUUUUUAAAUCAUCUGUAAAACUCGAGAAUGAGGCUGUUGCGUUUAACGAAAAAUUGGAUGAAAAUAUACCUGUAGAAUUUGAGUGCAAAAAUGUGAAACUCGAACUGUUGCCUCUACCGACAACCAUAUGCAAAACUGAGAAUAAAAGUUGUCUACCUAAUGUGAAAAUAGAAAGCGAUAAUAAGACUAAUGACACGAAUGAAAAUAUAUCUAUCGACUUUGAGUGCAAAGAUGUUAAAUUGGAAUUGAAGUCUGAAUCGAUGGCAAAUUGCAAAUCUGAGUAUCAAAGUUGUCUACCUAUAAUGUAUGAAGAAAACCAAAUUCAGACAAAUUAUUUGAAUGAUAAAAUAGAAGCGAUAUUAAAUACAAAUAUCACUAUGGCGAAUGAAAAAAGUACAGCAUAUAAAGGUGAGAUUUACAACAGAUCAUUAGGAUACCAAAACAAACUCAAAGGGCCUAUAUUGACGGAACAUCAUCGAAGCAAGCCCAUCGAAUGUGAAAUUUGUCACAAAUCAUUUGGAAAAAAGAGUAGCCUCAAUGCACACGUAAAUACAGUACAUAAUCGUAGCAAACCCUUCAAAUGUGAAAUUUGUCAACAAUUAUUUGGAUUAAAAGGAAAUCCCAAAAUCCACAUAAAUACAGUACAUUAUAGGAACAAACCCUACAAGUGUGGCAUUUGUCACAAGUCAUUUGGACUCAAGGAUACCUUCGAAGUUCAUAUAAGCACAGUACAUAAUCAUAGCAAACCCUUCGAGUGUGAUAUUUGCCACAAAUCGUUUGGAGAAAAGGGUGGCCUCAAUAGACAUGUGAAUACAGUACAUAAUCGUAGCAAACCCUUUGAAUGCGAGAUAUGUCACAAAUCGUUUGGACAAAAAGAACAUCUUAAAACUCACAAAAUUGUUGUUGAGGUAAAUUUUGCAGACGUAUAAAAGAGAGCCAAAACAAAAAAGAAGGAGAAACGUUACAGGGUGGUACUUACC